AUACUGGAUGUAGUUUAAUAAAUAAACCUCUCUUUUCGGGAGCUUAACUCUUAUUGACACUAAUUAUCAGCUCUUAAUUGCUAGUUUGUCCUAGUCAUCAGGUGGUGUUUAAAAAAAUAAAACACACUAUGUGUGUGGUCAGAAAAUAUACAAACUUUCCAUCUGGACUUUCAAUUUAAUACCUCAUGAGCACGGUUAAGCUGACCGCCUCACACAUACACACACACAUUUAAAAAACAAAACACAAGCCAUGGCAUGCUUGGAGAGACAGAUAAACUUAUACGUCUGUCUCUCUCUCACACGUAAACACAAACAAAUCUCGGCUCUAAUCCUUCCAAGCUCUGCAUCUGUCUCCCUCGCGCGCUGCUCCUUGUAGCUCUUACUCCUCGGCCACAAAAAGUGUCCACUCCAGAUAGGGCUCUUAAGGGCCCUUUUUUUCCCCCCUUGUCCAGAUCAUCUCCCUUUUCUCUAACUCCCCCUAGUGCCUAGAAAGCACCUCAUUCGCUGGUGUGAAUCUUAGCUAAGCUGUAGGAGUGAGAGAGGGAGAAGAGAGAGAGAGAGAGAGUGACAAAGGGGAGGAGGUAAGAGAAAGUGUGAAGCUCCGCCCCUGGAUGACGUCAGCAGCAGGGCUGAGGCAGAUGUAACUUCACACUUAUAGUGAGCUCCAGGCAGCUGAGCAGACCUGCUGAAUCCUCUCAACCUCUCUCUCUCUCUAUCUAUCUCUUUCUCACUGUUGGCCAAGGAGUGUGUGUGUGUGUGUGUGUGUGUGUGUGUGUGCAUCGUGCAAAUCCAUGUGCGGACACAAUAACACACCGACACAGCUCUGUCUUCUGCGAAUCCUGGGCUUCUUUGGAUUUUUUUUCUGUGGAAAACCUUGGAUAUAUAUUCUUUACACACACACUGUGGACUGACUUUUUUUUUUUUUUGAAGGAGGAGGAGGAGGAUAUUUCUUUUAAGUUUUUUAAAAUUGCACAGUAUUUUUUUUUUUUGCAAAUUAAUGAUUUGCAGGAUCUUCCCUGAGGUUACGAUCAGCAUGAACUGCUGCCUGACUGCGUGAGGUGACGCUCCUGAGGAGAGCAAAGAGGAGCACAAGAUGCUUUCAAGGCACAGGAGAGAGUGAGCGAACCUCUUCCGCCGUAGAGCCACCAGGCUGGAUACGUCCUUCAUGCUCCUGCCACGAGAGCGGGGAAACGAUUUGGGGCUAACUCUAACCGAGAACAAGAGCCUCCUCGGAUUUCAGCCUGCCCUUACCUGCAGGCUAAGUGGGCUCUGGCCUCUUGAUGUCAUGUCCAUUCUGCUAAAGGACAUACCGGAACCCUACAAAGGAGUCUUCCAGACUUACAAUAGGGUCUAAUUAGGGGUCCAAACCAUCGCGCAGUGAAGUGAAAGGAUUCUUCAGGCACUGGACUUUUUUUCCUUUUUUUUUUUUUUUUUAAUUAUCUGAUUUGCACGCCUGCAUUAAUGCACUAGAGAUCUGUCACGAGGCAGAGGAGAUUCUUCAGAGGUUUAUCUACCACGGAGCCUUUGAUGGCAUGAACUCUAGACGCUGUGGUACAAGGCAGGAGGUCGGUAGUACAAACAAGGAUCAGCUGGACCGGGAUAUAACCAAAGAAGACUCUUCAGACAGUGCGGAGAAGAAAGGGGGAGCUUAGAGCAUCACUGGAUUUUUUGGGUGAAAGAAAAGGAUUAACUGGCUCCGGUAAAUCAGGAGGACAAACAAACCGAGAACAUUAAUAAUGGCGUGCCAGUACAAGUCCUUCUUCGUAUUCUUCAUCAGAGCUGGGGUUCUCCUGGGCCUGGCCAAUCCUCUGGUGACCUCAGCCUCCUGUCCAUCACAGUGCCGGUGUGAUGGGACUUUCAUCUACUGCAAUGACCGAGAGCUGACUUCUAUUCCUUCAGGAAUCCCACAGGAUGCCACCGUCCUCUUCCUACAGAACAACCGGAUUAAGAGCGCGGGCAUCCCUGCUGAUCUACGGAGACUCAACAACGUGGAGAAAAUCUACCUUUAUUGCAACAACUUGGAUGAGUUUCCAACCAACCUUCCUAUUAACGUGAGGGAGCUCCACCUUCAGGAAAACAACAUCCGGACUAUCACCCAUGCCUCAUUGGCACAAAUUCCCUUCAUCGAGGAAUUACAUUUGGACGACAAUUCUGUGUCUGCCGUCAGUAUAGAGGACGGAGCGUUCCGAGACAGCAAUCACUUGAGGUUACUCUUUCUUUCACGCAAUCACCUGAGCACUAUUCCCCCAGGUCUUCCCAUGACCAUUGAGGAGCUCCGCUUUGAUGACAACCGCAUCUCCUCCAUUUCCGAGGCGUCCUUGCAAGAUCUGAUCAAUCUGAAACGUCUGGUGCUGGACGGCAAUCUCUUGAACAACAGGGGUAUUGGGGAAAUGGCCUUUGUUAAUUUGGUCAACCUGACUGAGCUUUCACUGGUGCGUAACUCCCUCACAUCGCCACCUGCCAACCUGCCAGGCUCAAGCCUUGAGAAAUUACAGCUGCAGGACAACCACAUAGACAGGGUACCAGUAGGUUCCUUUGCUUUCCUGCGCCAGCUGUACCGCCUGGAUCUGUCUGGCAACAAAUUGAGCAGCCUGCCCAUGGGGGUUUUUGAUGACCUAGAUAACCUUACCCAUCUGCUGCUGCGCAACAACCCGUGGUACUGCAACUGCAGAAUGAAGUGGGUGCGAGAUUGGCUGCGCUUGUUGCCCUCUAAGGUCAACGUGCGUGGCUUUAUGUGCCAAGGUCCUGAUAAGGUCAAAGGAAUGGCUAUUAAGGAUCUAGCCACGGAGGUCUUUGAUUGCUCUGAAACAGAGGUCUCUCCGACAUACGAGACCAGCACAAUUUCCAUCACACUGCCACCAUCUCGACCCCAGUGGCCAGUUUACGUGACUAAAAGACCCGUGAUUAAGGGGCCUGACUUUGGAAAGAACUAUCGAAGUACUACGCCGCCGAGUCAUAAGAUUAUGACAAUAAGCGUUAAAUCCAGCACUCCAGACACGGUGCACAUAUCCUGGAGGGUAUCUCAGCCAAUGACUGCGUUGCGGCUCAGCUGGUUAAAACUGGGCCACAGCCCCGCAUAUGGGUCUAUCACUGAGACCAUCGUACAAGGGGACAGGACAGAGUACUUGCUCACAGCUCUGGAGCCCGAUUCCUCCUAUAGGAUAUGCAUGGUUCCUAUGGAGACCAGUAAUAUUUACCUGUCGGACGAGACGCCUGUUUGCAUAGAGACAGAAACAGGCUCCUUAAAAGCAUACAACCCCACUACGACCUUAAACAGGGAGCAGGAGAAGGAACCUUACAAAAAUUCCAGCCUGCCAUUAGCUGCUAUUAUAGGAGGAGCCGUGGCGCUUUCGGCCAUCAUACUGCUGGCGUUGGUGUGUUGGUACAUCCACAGGAAUAGUUCUUUGUUUUCCAGGAAUUGCACGUACAAUAAAGGGCGCAGGAGGAAGGACGACUACGCGGAGGCUGGUACAAAGAAGGACAACUCCAUCUUGGAGAUUAGAGAGAGUUCUUUUCAAAUGAUACCCAUAAAUCACCUGCCAGUGACCAAGGAAGAGUUUGUGAUACACACGAUUUUCCCUCCUAACGGUUUAAACCUUUACAAGAGUCCACACAGUGAAAACAGUAUCAACAACAGGAGCUACAGAGACAGUGGAAUACCAGAUUCAGACCACUCCCAUUCAUGAUAAUGUGUGCUGAUUUGAAAGACGCUUUAUUACGAGUGACUGACAUCAGGACUGCCCGGUCUUUUACAAAACACUGGAUUGAAAAGACUGAGAAAGCAAUGUUCUGUACAUUUGCCAUAUAAUUUAUAUUUAAGGACGGUUUAUUAAAAGAAACAAGGCUACAAUUGCAGGCCGUCACUGAGUCCUCAGUGUGUGCUGUCAGCAACUGCAAUUAUAUAUUUUAGAGGUUUGUAGUAAUUUGUACUGUACAUCCUUUGCUUAAGGUUUCAGACCAAUUAAAAAAAAAAAAAGUCUUUGUGCUCGACUGAGA